CAGAAAAUUAUUGCGCGGAAACAAAAGGAGUGUAUGAUGAAGGCAGCGAUCAGGACGAGAAUGCUAUUGUUGGGUCAUUUACAGACGUUGGAAAUGAAACAAAAACAGAUACUGCACCAAAUUCAGAGACAGUUGCUAACCUAGACUACCAUAACAAAUAUAGGGACUUGGAUUGCGAGAAGCAAAAAUCAAAUGCUUCGAACUCAGAAACCGGAGCAACGCUUGCAGAUGACUCCAUCGAACCAAGUGAUGUACCAGAAAGUGGCAUGGUUAGCAUUGCUGGUAAAAAUGUGAAGUCCACAGAAUUAAAUGCGCUCGAAGCGCAGCCAAAAGAAGGCAAAGAUUUUAAAACUGCAGCGGCUGUAAUCACUCAACAAAACUAUGAAAAUACGCUAAGAUGUCAAGGUCAAGAUUUGAAAACUGAUUUAAUAGAAAACAAUUCAUAUUUUCAGUAUGAUUGUGCAGAAGAGAAUACUAAGGAAGAGAAGAAUAUGUUUGAUUCAUUACAAAACAAAUCAAUAGAAAAUAAUGAUCUGCAUGAAGUUGAAGAAAAUGUUACAAUACUUGAAAGUGAGGUUUGUAACAGAAAAGACAUUGAAGAGUUGGCAAUUAUAGACCAGCAUGAAUUAAAACCAGAUCAAGAAAGCGAUCCAAACAGGGACGAAAAAGAAGUAUUUACCAUAAGUGAUGACGAUUCCAUUGAAAGUAGUACCGCAAGGGAAAAGAAAGAACAACUAAAUUCAAUACAAGAUCUGCAAAAGGAGAACUAUGUGAAAGAAGAGUCACCAAAAAUGAUCUUUAAUGAUAAAGAAAAUGAGGUAAUUGACAUAGAUGAUGCCGAAAGCCAUAAUGGAUAUAAAAUUGAUAAGAGAUUGCAAACCCACAAUGAUAACGAAGAUGAAAAGAAAUAUGAGGCCAAUCUGCAAUGUGAAUUUGGUUCUAAGUUUGAAAUUGGUGAUAGCAGUAAAGAGAGUAAUUGCGAAUCAACGGAUGAAAAAAUAAAAGAUGAUAAUGUUGUUGGACACCUCACAAAAUCAAAUGCAGAUAGUAAAGAAGCAUUGAAUACAAUAAGUGACGAAGAAAUGGAAAAUAUUCAAGCAGACGAAGGACUGAAUGUUCUAAAGAAGGAUAUAGUAAUAGAUUCGAAAACCAGCAGUCCAAAUGAAAAUUUACAAGCUCAAUUAAAGAUUAAUGGGGACCAUCAAAUGUUGCCAUCACCCAACUGGGAUAGUAAUCCAGACCAUCUUCAACACGGAACAAGAAAUAUUAAAUACGUUGGUUUGCCAUCAGCGGAUGGCAAUGAGGAAUUGGAGAUACUUGAUAGACCGCCAAUAAGUUCUGAUAUUCCUGAAAAUCAGAAUAUUGAUGGAAUGGAAACCGAUAAUGAGAACAAAUGCGACACCACAUUAUCUAGUCAAUCAAAUGUAGAAAAUGACCUAAGCAGAGUUACCUGUGACGAUGACAAUAGCCACUGCUCAUCCGUGGCCUCCACGGAGUCAAAUUCAACCGAUACGUCAUCUUCACACCAGCUUGUUAUCGAUCAUCCAAUGGAGGAAAUCGAUGUGGGUUUAUCAGCGCCUUGUAUCGAGACUGGUCCAAGCCAAUCAUUUUAUCAAACACACGACAAAUCGGAUAAAAUAAAUACAAUGAAAUUGUCAUUGAAGAGAAAAUAUAGUAGUUGUAGUAAAACCCCUUUAUCGCCCAAACAUAAGCAACCACAUCUUGACUCAGAAUCAAAUGAAAACAGGAGGUUUGGUUCGCCAUGCGAUCAAGAUAAUAUAGAGGCAUUGUGUGAAUCAGUUGAAGAAGAACAGCAAGCAAAAGAAAAUUUAGCAAGCAAUUAUAGUGACACAGUUGUAGAAAAUACACCUUUGAAAUCAUUGUUAUUACAGCAUUUACAAAAGCCAUAUACGCCACCGCCACCGCAACACCACGAUAAAGCAAUAGAUGUAACAGAACCGAUUUCAUUACUUACACAACCUUUAGAAAAUACUUCUCUUAAUAAUAUCAAUCCCCCAACAAUGCCUGGGACUGUAUCCGACGUAAUUGGAAAUAUCGCCAGUCCUAAAUAUCUGUGCUUUAAGUGCAAAACUGGCAGCUUCGGUUCGUUCGCGGCUUUAAACGAACAUCAGCGUGAAUGCUUGGCGGAUACACGUCUCUUGCCAACGAGAAUUGAUGAAAUAGGCAGCUUAUUGCCUCUAUUGGUCCCCCCCGUCCUCGCUACGCCUCCGCCAUCUGCAUCUCCAGAUGCUAACAUAGGCAUGACCACCACGCAAAUUGUUUCACAAACACUUGCCCCAACGCCAAUACCACCACCCAUCCCAGAAACAGCACCACAGAAGAGACAGUAUUACAAGUGUUCCAGUUGUAAUACAUUUCACGAAAAUUGGAAUCUGCUUUUGCACAUUCGCGAAAAACACCAGCGACAUCUGUGCCUAUAUUGCAUACGUUUAUUUCCUACAGCAGAAAAACUAUCUGUUCAUUUGGAAAUAAAACACGAUCUUGAACAAAAUCACUUUAAUUCAGAGGAGGCACUUCGAAAAAGCGUUUCGCUAGUUGGUGGUGUGGCUAGUGAGGUGAGAUUUCUAAUGUGCUGUACAUGCCAGCACUUAUUUAAAGAAAGUGACCCGUUUUCUGACCACAAUUGUGCUGAAUUCAUGAAACCAUGUAAUUUAUGUGGGCAAAAAGGACGCCACAGCAAUCAGUGCAAAGCACACCCAGACGCGAAACGCACUUCAAAGACAAAGAAAAAAUCGAAGAAAUUACUGGGGGACGCACCAACAUCUGUACCCGACAGAAGACUCAACUCAUUGUCGUCAGUUCCAUUCGCUGAUGACCCUUUACAUCCAAAUUCCCUUCACUGUGAUAACAAUCAGAAAAGUAUGACAACGGCAGUGCCUCCGACAAGCGUUGGAUCAGCACCAGUAGCAUCACUGCAUAGCCAAGAUAGUAACAGCAGUAGUAAUAUGGUCAUUGAUGAAUCCUGUACAACUACACAUAGUUCGCUUAUAAAUCCGUUUAAAGAACUCGAUGAACGUUGGCGUUUAGAACAACAAUCACAACACCAGCACGAGGCGAAUUCGCCUCUACCUGCAAGCAAUACUACGUCACCUACCGAAUCGAAAUUGAUAGUUCCGAAGUUUAAAUUACGAGUGCCGAAAGAGUUUCAGAAGUCCGUGGAUAUGGCGCUUAGCUCUACCGAAAGUGAAGAAGAAGAUGAUGAUGAAGGGAACGAAGAGGAAUCUGGAUCCCAGGAGGCUUCGAAUUAUAAAAACGAUAUGUGUUCUGCAGGCAUAACGACAGGAUUACCAAACGAAAAUACAUUUAACUUAUAUGGGGACAAUAAUUCAACAGUCAUGGCUAACGAGCACACAUUGCCACAAAAGAAAACCGAGGGUAUCAGUCCAGAAGGUCCAUCAGCCGAUAAGAACGAAUGGGUGGAUGAGACGAACUCAAAUCUUGCUCGCAUACUUCAAGAAAUUGAACGCACAAAAUUGGACAUUAAGCGCACAAAAAAGACAUUUCAUCAUCCAUUAAAAGCGAAGCAAGAUCCUUCUGAUGAAGUGUUGACCACAUCAGCACAGAGCGCACGUAACUGGACACCUACUCCACCAACAUCCCCAAAACAAACACGUUGGCUAACGACAGGAGAUUCUCAGAAACAAAGUAGUCCCAGUUCAGAGUUGAUGAAACCAGAACAACAAUUAAGCCAAGCAUUGCAAAGAAGAGAUUCUGCAGGAAGUGAUGCAAUGGAUAUUGAUGAAACAAUAAUGCGAACAGUUCCAGAACAACCUCCAAGAGAAAAUGCAGAUGAGAAUUCCCAACAUACUAAAACUAUUGACACUGGGCCGGAAUUGAACACGUCCUCAGAGAGAGCAAACAUAUUAGACAGCAGUGCAGAUACUACAGCUAGCCCUAUUGUAGGAGAAGAAUUAAUGCCCACUGAUAAUUUUCAACAAAAGCAGGAAAAUGAAUUGCCCAGUGGCAAUAAUACAACGAACAUAGAUUUUCAGGAGACAACUCAACACAUGCAGCGCACUGAAAUUAAUCAAAAUUUACCUGAUGAGCCUGCGGAUGGCAUAGAGGUAGCCAACGACGACGUGUUAGUUGUUGAUCUAGAGCUGGAUCGCCCUUUGGAAAAAAUAGAGAUUGUAGAAUUCGUUCGUACAUGCUUGAAAGCUGUAUAUCCGCUUUGUUUGUACUGUAAUCAUGCACGCCGUAUUGCCGUGAAUGGGCAAAGUCUUGUGCUGCAUAUGCUUGCGCAGCAUCGAUUUAGUGCCACUGUAGAUAGUAUCACAGCAGAAGAAUUAAAACCCGAAACGAUCUGCGCUAAAUUGAAGUCCUUUUUGCCAGUAUUGGAAAAUGUGUUCUUUAAUUCAACGAGCUACUGCACAAUCGGCGAAGGCGCAUUUACUCAUCAUUUCAACGAACGAAUUUUCGAAUGUUUCCAGUGUCGCUUUGUCACUUCCACCCACAAAGAGCUUUAUUUGCAUAAUAGAAAGAUGCACUUAAAAACAGUUAUACUCUGUUUUAUGUGCCGUGCGAACUUUUUUAGUUUUAGUGAAAUUCUCUGUCAUAUUUGUCCAGGCGCAGCAAAUAAAACGCCGGUAUUCGAUGUAAAGUUUCGCUGUUGCCUUUGUGACGUAGACAACAUCCCUUCGCCAUUUCGUUUGAUGGUGCAUUUGCGUAAACGGCACUUUGCUUGUGACGUUUGCUUGGAAGAUUGUCGGGAUCAAGGCCGGCUGUCAUCGCAUGUAUGGAAACACAAAUUACAUCAUCUGUGUUAUCGCUGUGGCAUUGCGUACCGCAAUAAAAUGGAUAUUACCAAACAUCUAUUUUGGAAGCACGGCACUGAAAGUAUAAUUUGUAAGCGAUGCUUACAGAAACGCUGGCGCCAUGUGUACCACUUUUGUGUACCCCCGAGUACAUUCAAUUGUGAACUAUGCAAUUUGUGUUUUUCGAAGGCUAUGUAUUUAAAAGUCCAUAAACGUUUACACAGCGGAGAUCUACGUUAUCCUUGCAUGGAGGAGAACUGCGAUGAGAAGUUUAUAUCACGCAAGUUGCUACUAAAACACACCGCCACACAUCUUCAACAGGAAAGCCUGGUAGCAGAUUUGGAACAAUUAGGAGAUUCCAACGAAAAAAAUAAAUUUGUAGAGGAAAAUGGGGAACCUGAGGAGGAGGAUUCUAAAAAAGAAAACGACCAAGACAUGGAACUCAAUAAAACAGGAGAUUCUACUAAAAUUAAAAGCGAAUUUUCUGAGUCUGCAAACAAUACAGAAGUUCCUGUUAAAUGUGAAGAAAGUGAAAGUGGUUUUAAAGCAAAUGCAGAAUAUAAAACGGACGCAAUUCCAGAUGUGAAAAAUCUUGAUUUUCCGAAGGGGGAAAUAACAAUCCCCGAUGAAGAAAAGAGUGCAGAGACACCUCGUAAAAAGAAAAAAAAGAAUAAACGUUCCAAAGAAUCGCUGGAAGAUUUAAAUUUGAUUGCGCCGAAUCUAUCAGAGACAGACAGCAGCGAAGAAUCAGAUGUAGACAGCAAGUCACGUGGUGAUGAAAAUUCUUUGGUUCCAAAAGUAAUGCUCUCGCCACCUUCUGAAGCCGAAAAUGAUUUGGAAGAGGUGAAAAAAACUGAGGUGAGUGGACUGCUGGAAAGUGAGGAUAAAGACUUAGGAGAAAACGUUGCUUCUAGUACGGGUAAAGUAUUGGAAAUUUGGAAAAACUUUCUGCAAGCUCAACAAGGUAGUGCAGACUCCGAAGUUGGAACAGAAACCGCACUAAAAUCUGAAGCAGAUUACGACGAAGAUAAUUAUCCUAAACCGAGUUCGCUUCAUGUUGUCUACUCGGACCACGACUAUUGUAAAAUGUUCCGCCCUCCUUCGCCGGUGCAACCCGUCGUAAAAGCAGUUUCACCCUUGGCAUCAUUAUCACCUACAAAACGUAAUAAAGCAACAAAAUCUCCAAGGCGAGCGUCAGCUCGUCAUUCUGCAUCGAGUUCUUCCAGUGAUUCAAGUUCUGGCUCAGAUUCUAGCUGUUCAUGCGGUUCAAAUUGUUCAUGCAGUUCGAGUGGGAGCGACAGCAGUUCAACUAGCUCCAGCUCCGAUGAUAGUGAUUCAUCUGUUGGCUCGAACGCUUCUCGUAAACGACAUCGCAAAAAAUCGGAACGUGAACGUUUAAGGAAAAAGAGCGAAAGUGUUUCUCCAUUUAAGAAACACACAAAUUCUGAGACUGUAAACGUCGUCGACGAUGAUUUAGCCAACGAAAUCGUUGCCAAUCCAGGAACUGAACGUCCGCCAUCCCCACCAAAGGAACCCCAAAUCUAUGAAUCGGAUUUGGAAACUGCUGAAUCAGAAACUGAUGAGGAGUUUUAUGAUAAGCAUCCGCAGAAGCUGGCCAGCGAAUUAUUAGCACAAAAACGUGCUCAAUUGAUGGCACAAACCCGUUUGUCGCCUUCACACAAUUUCGAUAUUGUGGAAAAUAGUCGCCCGUCCACCCCUUCGCUUCCUGAAGAUGUUGUUUGUGAAACGACGAGGGUCAAAUUAAAGAAAAAGAAACGCGAUCGCAAAUCUACCUGCAAAUCGAAUUUCCCCUCAAACGCUACGUCAAUAGUGAAGGCGAAAAGUGAAAAAAAUAAAUCGCUCAUUGAUGUUGUGCCCUCAGUUCCUUUGAGUGGAAUGGAUCGUUUACCUCUUUACGAAUUAGCUCAGUCAUCGCCCUCUGUUGCAGAACCACCCAUGGCUCAACAGCCCAAUAUAACUACACCAUAUUCUUCCUUAACACUGCCUACCGUCGAACAGUUGACACCGCGUCCCAUUGCACCGCACAUGCCUGGUAGAAUGAGUGAGGGAAGUAGCUGUUCCGAUGCAGACGGCUCCUUGAAGCGUUCCAAGCGUGCUCGGCGUCCUAACAAGUUUUACGGCUAUACCAGUGACGAUGAGAACACAGGUAUUAACCUUGGGCAACCAUUAAUGAUGGGAAUGCGAGCUAUUAAACCGCAGCCACCACCACAACUAACUUGGCGUAAAGAAGAUUUACCAACGCCAUCGAAAAGCAUCAAGAAUCAAAAGAACCGAACUGUACGUACACCAAAAACUCCCGGUACACUAGUAAAUGCUCUUGCCAGUGGUGCUCUAAGCACAUCUGCUCCUGCGUCUUCAAAGAAAAAACGAACUACCGAAGGUGAUGGAAAAUCAACGACUUCUAAGCGCUCCUCAAAAAAAGCGACUUCAUCUGAAAAGCUCCCGCCUAUACCUACUCUUAAAAUACGUUCUUCUCAGUUGGGGAUUAACAAUGAUGGUUCUGGCUCUGGUACUGGAACCGAACUCUUUCCAACACCUCAAAUAUAUUCUUCCAGUAAAGAUACCGAUGACGAAGAUGAUGAUAACAAUAGUAGUGAAGCUUCUUCCGAUGGAGAGACUAGUGCGCGUUUAGUACAAACAGAUGUCAGUCAAACGACCUCGACUUCAAACCUAUGGAAUAACAAUUUGAAUCCGACAACUGGUUCCCCCGCUGUACAUACACAGAUGCAACAGCCUUCAGCACUCCAACCUGUUUUACCAACGCCACAGGCAACGGUGUUCAACCACAAGAUACCACCAGCUCUGUUACCUAAUCCAAACUUUGAAACACUACAGUACUUUAAGGCCAACAACAUUCGCUAUCCGAUACGACCACCAGCUGGAGCGCGACAAGCGCGUGAAGGAGAAUCAGUUUACUGCUAUUGCCGGUGUCCCUACGAUGAAGUAUCAGAAAUGAUUGCUUGCGAUGGCGAGAAUUGUCUCAUUGAGUGGUUCCACUUUGAGUGUGUGGGUAUUAUGGUGGCCCCGCAGGGUAAGUGGUUCUGUGCUGAAUGUCGACCCAAAUACUCCGAAGAGUUGUAUCCAACCACUGGCAGUGUAUAAAAGGUGGCUGUUGGUCUUAUAAAAGAACCAAGAAAAAAGAGUAGUGAUAUAAAUAUAGAAAUUUUAAAUGAAGUCCUAAAUACGCUUAUUAAUUAAUAAUUUCCUCUACUAUACAAUUAAUAUUAACAUAUGAAAACAGAAAAUAUAUAUUACUAUAGUGCUGUAGACUAAAACAAAAAUAGACUUCGACGCUGUUUAACAUUUUCAGAGGUGUUCAGACUUUCGAUUUCUUUUAAGUAAAUAUAAUAUAAAAAGAGAACUGGAAACUAUGUUUUUAGUUUGCCCAAAUGAACUUGAGUUCAUAACGAACAACAAAACAGCAGAUAAAUGGAUGUUAUUCACUUAUUUUAUUUUAAUAUAUAAUAAUUAAAAAUAUGUAGUAUGUAAAUAUGUAAUUAGUUGCUUGAAAUUAGUUGCUCAUGGAUCGUGUAAUUUAGGAAAUAACGAACGGCGACAAAAAUGAUAUGAAAGCAAACCAAGGUAAAACAAUUUCAGUUAGAUUUAAUCAAACAACUAUUUUGGCAAGAUGAAGCAGCAUACGAAUAUAUAAUUUAAAACAGUGCUGUUUGUAGCUAAACAACAAAAGCUGCACAGUUUGAAUUUACGUUGUAAAUAUAUUUGAAUUUAGUUUGUAAGAACGUUGUUGUGCUUGCUACGAAAAGAAAAUGUGCACCAAUAGCACAUUUCUUUUUAUGGUACAUCAACUGCAAUACGGUUUCUGGUUAUAUGGUCGCUGGAAAGCGGAAAUAUUCUGUAGAUGUGAAAGUGGUCACAAACUAGCUUCUCUAAUUUGCAGGUCAGUUUUGGACUACUGAUUACUGAUUAUUCAAUACUUAGUGCUAAGCUUUAUAUAGAUAGGAUAUAGUUUUGUAAACUCAAAUCAAAUUUUAUUUGUAGCACCUACACAUUGGGAUCUUUGGCAAAUGUACGAGUAUAUAAAAUAUAUGUAUUUGCACCUCCAUAAGAUUACGAAGAUUACUAGAUUACGAGUAUGCCAAAACUAAAUGAGAAAACAUGCGAAAAUUUAAACAAAAAACAACCACUUACAAAAACAAAAAACCGUUUGUUUCCGGAAAGCAGACCGAUAAACUCUGUUAAUUUAGUUAUUACAUUUGAUAAUUCUUGAUUUGUAUUGCGUAUCCAUUAAUAAACAAAGCAUACUAACCAUAAAUAAUGUUCAACCCAAAUUUUGUUUUAUGCAACGAGGUUUUAAUUUUCCAGUUCAUAUUUUGCGAGUGUUUCAAUCAGUUGGACAAAUUUGG